AUGGAGUUUGUACCUCGGGGAUGGCGAUCAUGUUAUUUGCCAAACAUCAAAUCCUGCACCCACCUCUUCAGCCGUCAAGUCAAGACUCCCCGAACUCUCUCCUCUACUCGCCGUCUUCUAUCCAGUGCGGCAGCCGAGCUUGAACAACCUCAUCCGGAAUCCGUACCUCGCCCUGUGCUGCAGGCAAAUGUUCCUCUACAGGAUCGGAGACAACUCCCUUUAUCCCCGAGUCCACGCGCUGAAAAGGAGAAUCUCAAUCCCACACACCUUCCCGUAUCCUGUCCUGGCUGUGGCGCACUCACCCAAGAUGUCGAUCCUGGACAGGCGGGUUUCUAUUCAUUGUCGAGAAAAGCGGUGGUGAAAUACCUGAGAAGCGUCGAGGGCACGCGUCGACAGCCAAACGAAGGGCAUCUGGGCAGAGAUGAGGCACUGUUCCGACCCUUGCAAGGUUCACAAGAUGAAGGAAGUCAGCAGAAUGAACAUGCGAUAAUUCAGCCUGAGCUCCCAAUCACACCUCCUGUCUGCGAUAGAUGUCAUUAUUUGAUCCACGACUCUCGUGGUGCCCCGAUUGCACAUCCUUCUAUUGAAGCAAUCGCAGACUCGAUCGCGGAGUCUCCUUUCGCCAAAAACCAUGUCUACCACGUCCUUGAUGCUGCAGAUUUUCCCAUGUCCCUCAUACCGUCGAUCUACAAGAACUUGUCUCUAGCGAGACCUCGAACGCAGAACCGUAGGUCUCAGCAUUCGUUUUCUUCCCGGCCCUCUGUAUCUUUCAUCAUCACCAGGGCCGAUCUACUAGCACCAACCAAGGAGAUGGUGGACAGCAUGAUGCCCAAGUUUAUCGCCACACUGAGGACUGCCAUGGGUCGUAUGGGACAAAAGCUUAGACUGGGUAAUGUCCAUCUAGUAUCGUCUAAGCGAGGAUGGUGGACGAAGGACAUCAAAGAAAGCAUUUGGCGCAGAGGUGGCGGUAAUUGGCUCGUGGGAAAGUUCAAUGUCGGGAAAUCCAAUCUCUUUGAGGUCCUUUUUCCCAAGGGCUCACACGACAGAGCGCCUGUGUAUGCAGACAUUCAACGACAGCAGGAGAUCGAAUCUACACAUAAAUCUACCGCUCCCACCUUCUUCUCUGAAAAGAAGUUGUUGCCCCCUCCUCAGCCGGAAGUUCCUUUCCCGCCCAUGCCUUUGGUAUCUAGUCUACCAGGCACGACAGCGUCUCCAAUCCGACUUCCCUUUGGCAAUCAUAAGGGAGAGCUUAUUGAUAUGCCGGGUCUGGAGCGCGGGGGUCUGGAACAAUAUGUCAAGUCCGAGGACAAGGCUGACCUGGUGAUGACACACCGUCCCACCGUCACUCAACACAUCAUUAAGCCUGGCCAAUCUCUGCUCUUGGGAGGGGGACUAGUCCGCAUUACGCCACUCCUUGAUGAAAACGACCGCAGUACUACCAUGCUGGCGUAUCCCUUUGUUCCGCUCAAACCCCACGUGACGUCUACGGAGAAGGCGUCGGGCACGCAAAUACAAGAGCGCGAAAGCGGUGUGGAAUCAAUCCUUGUGGAGGGGACAGGGACUCACAUAUCUUCAGCCGGUCGAUUCAAGUUGAGGACUGAUGUCACAAAGUCCAGAGCCGGCUCCAUGAUUAGAGCUGGGGUCAGCCUUGAGAAGUUGCCAUUCCACGUCUAUGCAACCGAUAUCCUCAUUGAAGGAAUCGGCUGGGUGGAGCUGGUUUGUCAGGUCAGGAAAAGCAAACGGGCACAUCAGUCUGAGCCUCCUACAGAAGAUUUUACCGCAUCAAGUGGUACAGAAUCGGGCGUACCCACGGCUCAAGGCCUUUCGAUUGGUACAACCACGUUUACUCCUUUCGGGCCAAUCCAAACAAAAGACGACUCGACACAGUCUUCGGGUUUUCCCGAAGUCGAGAUUUUCACGCCAGAGGGCAAAUACAUUGGCCAAAGAACCUGUCUAGAUGUAUGGCAAACGUGGAAUACAGGAAAACCCAAGACAAAGAGAGCUGCACGUCCUCGGAAGCCGAUGAGCGGCGCAAAGAAACGAGAGAAGAUGCGCCGCAGGGCUGCCCUUGUGACUGGAACCUAA